AUGCGUCCUGAAGACUUAAUGGAUCAUGAAGUAAAUGCCGUGAGAAAGGCUUUUCGAUACUUCGAUCGAAUUGGAAACGGGCGAAUCAAAACAACUAAACUUGGUGAUUGUUUAAGAUGGCUGCAAUUAGUACCAACGGAGGCACAAAUCGAAGCACUUUCACAAUCCGUAGAUCCAAAAUCGACGGGAUACAUUAAUUUUAACGCAUUUCUAGAAGCAGCGGCUCAAAUCUGGAUCUCAGAUCAGCACAAAGAAGGCAAAAUUUGGGAUGCAUUUUUGCAUUUUGAUAAGAAUGAAAGCGGAAAGAUCUCUUUCAAUGAUUUGAAGCAAGUUCUAACGGAGAUUUCAACUGAACCCCUUCCCGAAAAGGAGACUAAUAAAAUUCUCAAAAAAUUUGUUGAUAGUAAUGGUAUGAUUGAGUAUGGUUACAUCAUUCGUGCUUGGCAAAAGUGA